GCAGAACAAGAGCGCUGAAGUGAGUUGAGUUAAGUUGAAAUAAUGAAAGAAAGACAGGGAGGUGAACAUUGAGAAGAAGACAUAUACCUCAAGUCUGUCUAUCGAUCUUUUAUUCAGAAAACAAAGAUGGAGUUGUGGCGGCAGUGUGCGAUGUGGUUGAUUGACUGUCGAGUCCUUCCUGAUAACCAUCGGGUCACAUGGGAGGGCGCACAGGUGUGUGACCUGGCUCAGGCUCUGAGAGAUGGUGUGCUGCUCUGCCAGCUGCUCAACAACAUGCUGCCUCAGGCUGUCAACCUGAGAGAGAUCAACCUGCGCCCGCAGAUGUCCCAGUUUCUGUGCCUGAAGAAUAUCCGGACGUUUCUGGGAGUUUGUCAGGAGAGAUUUCAUCUCAAAAAGAAUGAACUGUUUGAGGCCUUUGACCUGUUUGAUGUUCGAGACUUCGCAAAGGUCAUAGACACUUUGUCCAUCCUCUCUCAUUCAUCCAUUGCUACACAAAGAGGAUUCCAGCCAUUUCCCUUGGAAGGAUGCACUCCUGAUGACGAAAUCUACAGCGGCCUGUCUGACCAGAUAGAUGACACAGUGGAUGAGGAUGAUGACUUGUAUGACUUUGUGGAGGACGAGGAGAACGAAGGAGAUGAGAUCUAUGAAGACUUGAUGAGGACAGAUGAACAACCAGAAACUCAGCAGAAGACUGGGGUAGACAAACGAGAAUGCUGCCUGCAGGAGAUCAGACAAACAGAAGAGAAAUACUCUGAUACACUGGAAUCUAUAUUACAGCACUUUAUGAAGCCUCUUGAAAAGUUUCUCAAGGCUCCAGACAUUGAGAGUAUCUUCAUCAACAUAGAGGAUUUGGCCACCACUCAUCGUAGUCUGCUGGAGGAGGUCCAGAAAUCCAUCCUACAUUAUGGAGCCAAGAACCUGUACCAGGUGUUUCUGAACUAUAAGGAGAGGCUCUUACUGUAUGGCCAUUACUGUAGUCAGGUGGAAGCAUCUGCAAAACACCUUGACAAGCUUUCGAAUAUGAGGGAGGAUAUCAGAAUGAAACUAGAGGAGUGUUCAAAGAGAGCAAAUAGUGGCCGUUUUUCUCUCAGAGAUUUACUCAUGGUCCCUAUGCAGAGGGUCCUCAAAUAUCACUUGCUGUUACAGGAGCUGGUGAAGCACACCACUGACCCUACAGAAAAAGACAACCUCCGCACAGCUCUUGAUGCCAUGAGAGAUUUGGCGCAGUGUGUAAAUGAGGUGAAGCGAGACAAUGAGAUCAUCAGGCAAAUAACUACCUUCCAGCUGUCCAUAGAAAACAUGUCUCAGUCUCUAGCUCUCUAUGGUCGCCCCAAGAUGGAUGGAGAGCUGAAGAUCUGCAGCUCGGAGAAAAAGUCUAAACAGGACAGGUAUGCAUUCCUCUUCGAUAAGGCCAUGUUCGUGUGUAAGAAGAAAAGUGGAGAGACUUUUGAGCUAAAGGAGAUCAUUGAACUACAGAACUACCAGAUACGAGAUGAAACUACAGGAGAAAAGGACAAUAAGAAGUGGUCCUAUUUGUUCCUUCUGCUGGACUGCUAUGGGAAGUGGGGGUACGACUUAUUCUUCAAAACCAGAGAACUGAAGAAGAAAUGGAUGGAACAGUUUGAAAUGGCUAUGUCAAAUAUGUGUCCAGAGAACGCCACAGCCAACAACCAUGACUUCCAGAUGCAUUGCUUCGAGGAAACCACCUGUUGCAAGGCCUGCUCAAUGCUGUUAAGAGGGAUAUUUUUCCAGGGCUAUCGCUGCACUCGCUGUAAAAUGUCUGCACAUAAAGAAUGUUUAGGCAGAGUCCCUGUCUGUGGACGAAACUCAGAUAAUCUUGGUACUGUGAAGAAGAAUAAAACACAGAGAUCUUCCGGACAUUCCAGCAUUGGAUUUCCAAAAAUGGAGGUGUGUCAGGAGUAUUAUGGCUUGCCGCCGCCCCCUGUGGGCUUUGGCCAACCGCUUCACCUCUCCAAAGGUGACAUCAUUGAGCUGACCCGGGCCGAAGCUGACCUGUCAUGGUGGGAGGGAAGGAAUCUGACUUUUAAUCAAAUGGGAUGGUUCCCUUACCAAAAAGUUCAACCCUACAUCUCUAAGCUGACCCCCGACUUGUCUGGUUUCCACUGGUUUGCAGGGAACAUGGACAGAACCGAGGCCAAAAACCUGUUAAUGUCCCGGUCUGAUGGAACCUUCCUUGUGCGGCAGAAAGAUGGAGGAGAGUUUGCUAUCAGCAUCAAGUUCAACAUGGACAUCAGACACAUUAAGAUCACAUCCACUGAAGGCCUGUACCGCAUCAAUGAGAAGAAGGCCUUCAAGGGUUUAGUUGAGAUGAUUCAGUUUUACCAGCAGAACUCUUUGAAGGAGUAUUUCAAGGAUGUGGACACCACGUUGCGUACCCCUUACAAACAACCAGAGGAAAGCAACUCGGCUAACAACACACCAAACUCCACACCAGGAGGUAGCAUGAGGAGUUUUGGCGUAGUGAGGGCCAGGUAUGACUUCUCAGCCAGGGACCGCUCAGAGUUGUCGCUACGGGAAGGAGACACCAUCAAGAUCCUCUCCAAGAAAGGUCACAGUGGUUGGUGGAAAGGAGAGGUGUACGGCCGGGUGGGGUUGUUUCCAGCCAACUAUGUGGAGGAGGACUACUCUGACUACUGCUGAGAAGAUGUGUAGACCCAUACUGUAUAUGUAGGAGUCUGUGUGAUACCUGGUCUCCAUCGAUUGCAUUAACCCAUAUGCACGAGUGUGGCUGUGUGUGUGUGUGUGUGUGAUCUAAUGACUGUCUAGUGAUGUGAAUAAAACUGUUGUUGAGCUGACCUGAUGAAUGUCCUGUUUAUGUAUGUACAACUAACUAACUUUACUAACUUGUGAUUAUUGAAUAUGCUCAUUUAAAAAAAAAUGAGCAUUAAUUUACAGUUAUAACAGCCUCCACUCUCCUGUGAGGGAUUCCCACAUUUUGGAACCUGGCUGCAGGAAUUUGCUCCCAUUCAGAGACAAGAGCAUAAGUGAGGCUGUGACUGACGUUGGGUGAUAAGUCCCGGCUCGCAGUUGGCUUUCCAAGUCAUCCCAAAGGUGUUGUAUGGGGUUGAGGUCAGGACGAUAAAGUCCUUUCACAUCAAACUGGGAAAACUAUUUCUUUAUGGACCUUUCUUUUACAUGGUGUUAUUGUAAUGUUUAAGUUAGUUUAGCAUAAAAACUGGGGCAUUGUAAUGUGUAAAUAAAGAGUCUUCCCCAAACUGUUGCCAUAAA